AUGGAUACUAAAGAACACAAAGCUCAUAGACCACGCCAAUCUGGCGCAAAGAAAGAUAAAAAAAUACAGAAACAGCAAAAAAUAAAGGAAAAAAAUCCAAAGGCCUUCGCACCAGUAUCUGGAAGAAAAGCUGAAAAACUUGCAAGGCGCAAACAAGAAUUAAUCCAAAAGAAGCUCCAUGUUCCACUCGUAGAUCGAACACCAGUGGAGCCACCUCCGAUUAUUGUUUCGGUGGUUGGUCCACCUCAAACUGGCAAGUCGACGUUAAUAAAAUCCCUUGUAAAACGAUAUACUAAGCACAAUCUUACAGAAAUAAAGGGACCUAUCACGGUCGUCAGUGGCAAGAAAAGGAGGAUAACGUUUAUCGAAUGCACGAAUGAUAUGAAUAGCAUGAUCGAUAUCGCAAAAAUAACAGAUUUGGUGUUAUUGUUGAUUGACGCAAGUUUUGGAUUUGAGAUGGAAACUUUUGAAUUUUUGAACAUACUGCAGGUUCAUGGGUUUCCAAAAGUGAUGGGAGUCCUUACACACCUGGACAAAUUCAAAAAUAAUAAAACGUUAAAAUCAACUAAAAAGCGGUUAAAGCAUCGUUUCUGGACGGAGAUUUAUCAAGGUGCAAAGCUUUUUUAUCUUUCCGGAAUAAUAAAUGGUCGAUAUCCAAACCAGGAAAUUCAAAAUUUGUCAAGAUUUAUUUCUGUAAUGAAAUUUCGCCCUUUAAUAUGGAGAAAUACACAUCCGUAUUUGGUUGCUGAUCGCGUAGAGGAUUUAACUGAUCCCGAGGAAGUCCGGCAGAAUCCAGUAUGUGAUCGUACUGUGACUUUAUACGGAUAUCUGCGGGGAACAAACAUGAAACCAAACAUGAAGGUACAUAUCCCCGGCGCUGGCGAUCAAUAUUUGGCUGAUAUUUCAAUUCUUCCCGAUCCAUGUCCAUUACCUUAUAAAGCUCGAAAGAGCUUAAGCGAAAAGCAAAAGCUCAUUUAUGCCCCAAUGUCAGAUGUCGGCGGGAUUAUGUAUGACAAAGAUGCAGUAUAUAUUAACAUUCCGGGGAGUUUUACAAAGACUGAUGAUAACGGAGGGCCAGGUGAAAAGAUGGUGAUUAGUUUGCAAGAUGCUUCAGAUACACUUGCAUCUAAAUUACAAGAAGCAUCACUUUCGAUUUUUGCAAAUUCUGUCCCUCUAAAAGCUUCUGAUCUGAAUGAAGAGCUGUACGAUGUUUCCUCAGAAUCGACUGAUAAUAACAAAUUGCAACGUAAUCGACGAAGAGCAAUGUUUAAUGAUGAAAAUGAUGAAAAUUAUAUGAAUAAUGAAUUAAAUGAAUCUGAUAGAAGAGCUGCACUGACCAAGUAUGAAGUUAGAAAUUCAGAAGGCAAUGUCAAUAAGGAAAUUACAUUUGUUGAAAGUGAUGGUGAUAUAAGUUCUGAAAGUGAUGAAGGGUCGGAGGAUAGUGGGUCUGACCUUGACGGUGCAUUAAGAUGGAAAUCCAAUUUAACAAAUAAAGCAGAAAAUAUGUUCAUGGCAAAUCGUAGAGUAAACAUUAUGCAAUUAAUUUAUGGAGAAAGGACACCCGAUGAAGUAGCAUAUAAUAGUCUUUUAAAUUCAGCUCAGGAUACGAUGAAUAAAGAUGAUGAGGGCCCUCUUAAAUCUGAAGAAGACUUCUUUAGACUUGCAAAUAAUGACGCUGGGGAUAUCAAGAUUUUGAAAGCAAUUGAUUCUUCUAAAUCAUGCUUCAAUAUUGAAAGCCUUGAUGGAUGGGAUGAUGAAAGAAUGCUUGAAUCUAUAAGAAAUAGAUUUAUUACAGGAAGUCUUGAAGAUGAAAAUCCUAACGAGUUGAAUAAUUCAAGUGACAAUGAAGAUGAUGAAGUAUGUAGUGAUUUUGAAGAUCUUGAGACUGAUGAAGUUAUAAAAGCGAUGCAAUCAGAAGAAGCAAAAAAAGAACUUGAGCAAGAAAUUCUUACUCAAAAAAGGAUUUUGCUAAAGAAAAAGUUUGAUGCAGAAUAUGAUAACAAUGAUGAUGAAACUAAAGUCGAAUUUUAUGAUGAAUUGAAAGAAGGAAUUUCCAAGCAAUUGCAGCUGAACCGUGAAGAGUUUGAUGAUGAUGAUCCACACACUAGAGUAAUGGUUGAGGGUUUUCGCCCAGGAACUUAUGUUCGAAUUUUAUUAAAAGGAAUGCCUUGUGAAUUUGUCAAAUACUUUGAUCCAGUGUACCCAGUAAUUGUUGGAGGACUUCUAACUACCGAAGAAAAUUUAGGAUUUAUUCAGGUUCGCAUCAAGCGUCACAGAUGGCAUAAAAAAAUCUUAAAGAAUAAGGACCCACUUAUAUUUUCUCUUGGUUGGAGACGUUUUCAAUCGAUACCCAUUUAUUCUUUGAAUGAUAACACGAGAAACAGAAUGCUAAAAUAUACACCAGAACAUAUGCAUUGUAUAGCAACCAUAUAUGGACCUAUUCACCCCCCAAAUACCGGCCUUUGUGCGGUACAAUCUGUGUCAAGAGACAAUAUAGCAGGGUUUCGCAUAAGUGCUACUGGAACAGUUCUUGACAUUAAUCAUUCGUUUGAAAUUGUCAAAAAAUUGAAACUUGUUGGUACACCUUACAAGAUAUUCAAAAAUACUGCUUUCAUAAAGGAUAUGUUUACUUCAGCAUUGGAAGUAGCAAAAUUCGAAGGUGCUGCAAUCAGAACCGUGUCGGGCAUUCGUGGGCAAAAGUCGGAAGGACAUUUCAGAGCUACUUUUGAAGAUAAAAUUCUAAUGAGCGAUAUUGUGUUUCUUCGAGCUUGGUAUCCUGUUAUGCCAAAGAAAUUUUAUAAUCCUGUUACAUCACUGCUGCUGUCGACGAAAACAAAGUGGCAGGGCAUGCGUUUGACAGGUGAAAUUCGAAAAGAUUUAAAUAUUAAAACACCUAUUAAUCCCGAAUCUCGAUAUCGAAAAAUUGAACGGGCAAGUCGUCGCUUCAAUCCGCUUCAUAUUUCAAAGUCAUUGCAAGCUGGAUUACCAUUUGCCUCUAAGCCAAAAUUGUUUAAAAAAAAGCGGUCUAAGCCGACAUAUAUGCAAAAACGAGCCGUAGUUUUAGAGCCACGAGAGAAAAAAGUAUAUACACUUAUGCAACAAAUUCAAACAUUAAAGAAAGAAAAGGAUAAAAAACGUAAAGUAAAACAAUCUGAAAGACGAGAAGUACAUGCUAAAAAAUCUGCGAAACAAGAGGCGCUCUUGGCAGAAAAAGAAAGGAGGGAGAGAAAAGAAUAUUUUAGAAAGGAAGGCCUAGCACAAAAAAGGGUCAAUAAUUCUUCAGAUGAACAUAAAUCUAAAAAAGCCAAAAUCUAA